AUGCAUCUUGCUUUGACCAAGGAUUCUUCAGAAGGAUAUGUGAGCUCAGAAACUGAUGAGUACAAGAAGCUCCUUGACACCUUCAGACCAGUUCCAAACAUUCUGAGCAUUGAGGGGUUGGACAGGCCAGUUUGCGAAGUCAUGGCAGUGAGCUCGAUCAAGAACUCGAUCGAGUCGAGUUUCGAACAAACGAACUCGAUCGAGCUGGGGGCUGAAUGCAAGGAGCAAGCUCAAGGAGAUUGGUCUGAGCUCAAGGCGCCUAAAGUCGACCUCAAACCUUUGCCUGAGGGCCUCAGGUAUGCAUUUCUGGGUGAAAACUCAACUUACCCUGUCAUUGUGAACUCUGAUUUGUCAUUGAACCCUGAACAGUUGAGUGCUUUGCUUGUUGAAUUGAGAAAGUACAGAAAGGCAAUAGGUUACACUCUAGAUGAUAUCAAGGGGAUCUCCCCUGACCUAUGCAUCCAUAGGAUUCAUCUAGAGGAUGAAAGUAAGUCAAGCAUUGAACCUCAAAGAGAUUGA